CUCUCCCAUCUCCGCUCCACCCCGAUUUCCGACCCGUCUCGCCCCUUUCGCCCGCCCGGUCUCUCCGCCGCCCGCGGGAGGCGAUCGCCGGCGCAGGAUGGCGGCCGCGGGUGCCGCGACGCCGAUGGGCGCAGCGCCCAUGGUGGGGCUGCUGUACGACGAUAGGAUGUGCGCGCACGCGACGCCUGACGGGGAGAAGCACCCGGAGAACCCCGAGCGGCUGCGCGCCAUCCGGCGCAAGCUCGACGCCGAGGGCAUCGCGUCCAGGUGUGUGGACUUGAAGGCAAAGGAAGCCAAGGAAAAAUAUAUAGCCUCUGUCCAUACCCCAAACCAUAUAAAACUGAUAAGGGAUAUCAGCUCGAAGGACUAUGAUUACCGUCGGAACAAGACUGCUAGCAAAUUCAAUUCCAUUUACUUCAACGAGGGCUCCUCAGAGUCUGCUUUCCUUGCAGCUGGCUCUGUCAUCGAGGUUGCUGAGAAGGUUGCGGCUGGUGAGUUGAGUUCUGCUAUUGCUCUAGUCAGACCUCCAGGUCACCAUGCCGAACAUGAUGAGCCAAUGGGAUUUUGUCUCUUCAACAACGUGGCUAUUGCAGCAAAUUAUCUCUUAAAUGAGAGGCCUGACCUAGGUAUCAACAAGAUAUUAAUUGUCGAUUGGGAUGUUCAUCAUGGAAAUGGCACACAGAAGAUGUUUUAUAGUGACCCUCGUGUAUUGUUCUUUUCAGUGCACAGAUUUGAUUACGGAAGCUUCUACCCUUGUGAAGUGGAUGCAGCUCACUGUUUUGUUGGGGAAGGAGCUGGUGAAGGGUACAACAUUAAUGUGCCCUGGGAGCAUGGUAAAUGUGGUGAUGCAGAUUAUGUUGCUGCAUGGGACCAUGUACUGCUUCCUAUUGCAGAAGCAUUUGAUCCUGAUAUAAUAUUACUGUCUGCUGGGUUUGACGCAGCAAUGGGUGAUCCUCUUGGUGGUUGCUGCAUCACUCCAGAUGGAUAUGCACUGUUACUAACAAAGCUGUUAGGCUUUGCAAAAGGAAGGAUUGUCAUGGCUCUUGAAGGAGGUUAUAACCUUAAGUCCAUAGCAAACUCAGUUUGUGUUUGUGCAAAAGUUUUGCUGGGAGAUAACUUCACAUAUAACUCUCCACGGAUGCAACCAUUCGAAUCUACAUGGAAAGUCAUACAAAUGGUACGCAAUGAAUUAAAGGCAUACUGGCCUGUUUUGAGCAGUAAGCUUCCAGAUAACGUACCUUUGAGGAGCACACCAUCAUAUAUCGAGCCGUAUGCAUCCUCUGGUUCUGAGUCUGAUGUUGAAGAUGUUAGUGAGCUUCCUGAUGCUAUUUCAUCUGCCAAUGUUAUUCAAGUUGAGGAUGAUGUUUUAAGUGCACAUAUCACAAUGUUGAAACUUGACGAAGAUAACCUUGCGACGAAGAACAACUCAAGUGAUUCAGUUCAAGCACAAGACGACGGACCUGUCGCGGCGUCUACAAGAAUAUAUGAUGUAACAUUUACUUGGAGAUUAACAUUGUCAAAAGUUUAUGUUUGGUAUGCCAGCUUUGGUUCAAACAUGUGGAAACCAAGGUUCUUGUGCUACAUUGAAGGGGGGAAGGUUAAUGGUAUGCGUAUAUCAUGCUUUGGUUCACAUGACACAAGCCCACCAAGAGGUACAAUGUGGAGGACUGUGCCUCAUAGAUUGUUUUUUGGGAGAUCUUCUACCCCUGCCUGGGGUACCGGUGGUGUUGCUUUCCUCAACCCUGAGAUAAACUACAAUGCUGAGUCAUAUGUCUGCAUGUACAAAAUAACGCUUGAGCAGUUCAAUGAUGUAUUGUUUCAAGAGAACAGUUUAGUGAAGGAUAACAGCGAAGAUGGAAAACUUGAGUCUCCCAGCUCUCCUUUGAUUGGCUUGUCCGAAAUAGAGUCUGUCUCUUCAAACAAAGCUCUUCAUCUUGAACCUAUUAAGGGUAGCUGGUACUCCAAUGUACUUUACCUUGGAGAGGAGGACGGCCUUCCAAUCUUAACUAUGACAUGCUCAUCGGCAGCUGUUGCACGGCACAAAUCUGGCGAGCUGCCAUUAGCUCCUCCAUCUGAGACCUACUCCGCUACUCUGAUCAAAGGACUCGUGGAAGGGAAGCAGCUGGACGCCAACGAGGCUGCCAGCUACAUCUCCUCUGCUGCCGCAAGAAGCCUGUGAACUUGUAGAGGCUACUUAGCCGUGUGUUCUGUACAGCCAGUGGGAAGGAAGGAAUGAAGGGAUGAUGCGUACUAGUAGGCAUGUAAAAAUGUAGUUUGAAAUGAUUCGGAAUUAGGGGAGCCGUAGAGGCCUCAUAUUGUGCCACCAUUGGAUCUGACUAUGUUCAUCAGUAGGAUCGUUUGGAGUUUGUGCUAGCUGGAUGACUAGCAUCUGGACCCAGGAGCCGAAUUGGAUUUCCCCAGAAUAUCAAAUGUAUGAACUAGUUUGAGUA